UGUAAACAGGGAGUCAACCCAUCUGUUGCUCGGAAAGAACGGCCUGGCCGGAAAUGGAAACUCUGCUUCGUACUGUCUUGUCUUCAUUUUAAUUUUCCUUUUUACAGGCAGAUCAGCUGCUAGCUUCCGCCUUCCUGAAAUGAUACGCCUCUCACUCUUCCUCUGCUUUUAAUCGAGAGAAAUAAAAAUGGGUCAAGCACUUUGCUGUAUUCAAGUGGAUCAGUCAACAGUGGCCAUUAGGGAAACGUUUGGGAAGUUUGAUGAUGUGCUUGAUCCUGGAUGUCAUUGCUUGCCUUGGUUUCUAGGAAGCCAAUUAGCUGGCCAUCUUUCAUUGCGUGUACAACAACUUGACGUUCGUUGUGAAACUAAAACUAAGGAUAAUGUCUUUGUCACUGUGGUCGCAUCUAUUCAAUACCGUGCCUUGACAGAAAAGGCAGCUGAUGCUUUCUAUAAGCUCAGUAAUACCAGAGCGCAGAUCCAAGCAUAUGUUUUUGAUGUUAUCAGGGCCAGUGUGCCCAAGUUGGACCUUGAUUCCACCUUUGAGCAGAAGAAUGAAAUAGCAAAAGCAGUUGAAGAGGAGCUCGAGAAGGCCAUGUCAGCAUAUGGUUAUGAGAUUGUCCAGACUCUUAUUGUGGAUAUCGAGCCAGAUGAGCAUGUGAAGAGAGCAAUGAAUGAGAUAAAUGCAGCUGCAAGACUGAGGGUGGCAGCAAAUGAAAAGGCCGAAGCAGAGAAGAUAUUGCAGAUCAAGAGAGCUGAGGGGGAAGCAGAAUCCAAGUACCUGGCAGGGCUUGGCAUAGCUCGGCAGCGCCAGGCCAUUGUGGAUGGAUUGAGGGAUAGUGUUCUUGCUUUCUCUACAAAUGUGCCCGGGACAACAGCAAAGGAUGUGAUGGACAUGGUGCUAGUGACUCAGUACUUCGACACAAUGAAGGAAAUUGGUGCAUCAUCAAAGUCCUCAUCUGUUUUUAUUCCACAUGGACCCGGUGCUGUGAGAGACAUUGCGACCCAAAUAAGGGAUGGCCUCCUUCAGGCCAACACAACCGAGCUCUAGGAUAUCUGAGUGUGAUGUACAAAUUAGUCGAAGGCUUUCCAACCCAUAUUCUUUCUCCUUUUGUUGUGCAUAGUUUAUUGGUAUUGUAGGAGAUGAUAAGUAGUGUUUGCCUGUUCUGCUUCGCUUUGUUUUGUAUUAAAGUAUUGGUGGCAUAUUAUGAUUCCCUAAUUGUCACACUAUUCAUAUUUGGGCAUAGAUGUUAGACAACAUGUAUCUAAACACAAUUUUAUGUUAAACUUGUAUGCUUUUAAAUUUAUGCAUAUUAAUAAUGGACUUAUGUGUCUUUUGGGUCUA